AUGGCCCGUCGGUACUGUAACCAGCAGUGCAACCAACCAGGUUUCGGCUCCUCGGACGCAGGCCCCGCUGCACGUAACACGUGCCCCUCCCCUUAUCACCUCCCCCCGUUUGCAAACACUCGAGUCCAGCAACAUUUCGCGCCACACCCUCCUCUCGUUCCUUCCCCUGCUCCAUUUUUCUCUGCUUGCGCGGUGCGGCCACUACCACCACGACACGACACGAUGGCCGCCGUGUCCAUGGCCCUGUCCCGAGCGCUCGCCGCACGGCAUUCCGCUCACCACCUGCAGCUGCACCACCUCCUCGCCGUCUCCACCUCGCCGCCGCGGCUGCCUCUGCUCCCGCGUGGGCCGCCAGCCGGGAUCGCGCCUCUGCACCUCACUCGCGGCGGCGGCACGGCCAGGAGGAUCAUGCCCGUGUGCCCCAGGCUUGGGUCGGGUGGAUCGGACGACCUGGCCCCGACGCCCAAGUCGGAACGCACCAUGACGGGCUUCGACCUGGCCAGCCUCUGGGUGGGCCUCGUCGUCGGCGUGCCGGCCUACUACCUCGCCGGCAGCCUCGUCGACCUCGGCAUGUCGGCGAUCCAGGGCGUAGCCACCGUCACGCUCGCCAACCUCAUCGUGCUCGCCACGCUCGUGCUCACGGCCGCGCCGGCCGUCACGCACGGGCUGCCGUUCCCGGUGCUCGCGCGCGCCGCCUUCGGGGUUCACGGCGCGCACGUCCCGGCUGUCGUCCGCGCGGUCAUCGGCUGCGGGUGGUUCGGGAUCGAGUCGUGGAUCGGCGGCAGAGCCAUCUUCCUCCUCCUGCCGGCGUGGCUCAAGACCCACGCGCCGCUGCUGAAGCCGGUGCCCGGCCUCGGGGCCUCGCCGCUCGAGAUCGCGUGCCUCCUCGUCUUCUCGGCCGCGCAGCUCGUUGUCAUCAUGCGCGGUAUGGACGGCAUCCGCAAGCUUGAGAAGUACGCAGCACCGGUGCUCGUGGCGCUCACCUCCGCGUUGCUGGCCUGGGCCUACGUCUCUGCCGGCGGCUUCGGGCCCAUCCUCUCGCUUCCGCCGCGGCUGGUCGGCGGCGACUUCUGGCAGCUCUUCUUCCCGGCGCUCACCGCCAACAUCAGUUUCUGGUCGACGGUGUCCAUCAACAUCCCGGAUUUCGCGCGGUACGCCCGGAGCCAGACGGACCAGGUGCUCGGACAGAUCGGGCUGCCGCUGUUCAUGGGCAUGUUCACCUUCGCCGGCCUCGCCAUAACCUCCUCCACCGAGGCCAUCUUCGGUCAGGUCAUCUCCGACCCCAUCGAGCUUCUCAGCCGCAUCGGCGGGCCCGCCACCAGGGUCCUCGCCAUCUUCGGCAUCACCCUCGCCAUCAUCACCACCAACAUCGCCGCCAAUGUCGUCGCGCCGGCGAACACCCUCGUCGCGCUCGCGCCGCAGACAUUUACAUUCGCCAAGGGCGCGCUCGCCACGGCGCUGCUCGGCAUCGCCUUGCAGCCGUGGCGGCUGCUCGGCUCCAGCGAGAGCUUCGUCUUCACCUGGCUGCUGGGAAAUGCGGCGCUCAUGGGGCCCAUCGGAGGCGUCGUGCUCGCCGAUCACUAUAUAGUGCGGCGUACCGCGUUGGACGUCGACGCGCUCUACUCGGAGGAAGCCGACAGCGCGUACUACUUCCAGGGCGGCUUCAACGUUGCCGCGAUGGUGGCGAUGGCGGCAGGAUUCGCCGCCGUCAUGCCGGGGUUCUUGCACAAGGUCGGGGUGCUGCCGACAAUGUCCAAGGCACUCGUCGUGGCCUAUGACAAUGCCUGGUUCGUCAGUUUCUUCAUCGCCGGCGCCGUCUACUCCCUGCUGCGUCUCCGGAGAGGGGUUGAAGUGAAACGACAGUACAGUCGUGCCACUUCAUACUCCUACUAG